AUGGCUUCAAACGACGACUCGAAGGAGUCAGAUACCAAGAAGCCAGAUGACAAGAAGCCAGAAACCGACGUGGUCCCUCCCAAGGCUCCUUGGUGGGACAUGUCUGCCCAGAGAGUGAAAGUUAAGGAAAUCCUACUAGACGCCGAAUAUUACAGACUCGACAUCAGAUUGCAGACUCUGGAGAUUGUGCAGCAUAAGAGAGACUUGUGUCUGCUGAAGUUAAACUUCGAGGCGCGUAAAGCGGAGAUCAAAGCUGAUUGCAAGAAGAAGUUGAAGGUCCUUGAGCGCGACUUAGAAAAAAUUCAGCGCUCGGUUGACAAGCUUCAUAAACGCCGCUUGAAAGUCGAACGAAUCGCAUCUAACAAUGCGAAAGCACAUGAGAAGGCCGCCGAAGAAGCCAAAAGCCAACAGUCAUUCCCGACUAUGUCCGUGGGUCCCCAAGAACUCCUAGACCUGGGACUUGGCGAUCUCAAGACACUUGUCGAGGACAAGUUAGUCGACCUUGCCAUAGAAGACGACGAGGCUCACGAGAUAUAUACUACCACUCUCAUCAGAGAUGUCGCGGUCCAAGCGUCACGCCCGAGAAUUUCUUCCUCCCUAGCACCGGUGCGUAAGUGGAUGAAUCCCAAGCAGAAAGUGAAACAACUACGCAAGCGAUUCUUAGCAACGAGCGGACAACGCCAACACAAACGAGUCAUCAUCGAACGCACGAGUCCCCGCAUCGAGAUGAAGAAGAAGAAGCUCGCCGCGAUGAAGAGCACCCGUCAACAUUCCCGACUACAUCGGACGGAAAUGCUGUUCGGACCGAAGUUUUUCUAUCGUCUAGCGAAUGAGGUAUACCACUGGCACAUUAGCCCGCCUCGAGCGAUGCUUGGGUACUUUGUGCGGAAGGCGUACUGGAAGCGAUGGAAUGGUGCAAUCCCCGCUGAUUAUGUGAGAGACUGGGAUUAUAUGAUGAGGGACCUUGGCGAAUAUACGGCGGCCCUGAAGUGGCCUUGGAAGACUUAG